GCUCGCUGACCUCCAGGAAGAUGACCAGCCCGUGGACCCUCACCCUCCUUUCUGCCUUGCUGGCAGCCACCUUGGUUGGAGCCACCCUCAACCCUCCGGCAGUUCUCAGCCUCAGCUCUGACGUCAUCAAAGAAAGGCUGGCACAGCAGCUGAGGGAUCACAACGCUGUCGACAUUCUCCAUCAGCUGCCACUGCUCAGCGCCAUGCAGGAUGAGCCAGCCGGGGGCAUCCCCAUAUUUGGCAGCCUGAUCAGCUCUGUCCUGAAGUAUAUCGUCUGGAUGAAAGUCACUUCGGCUAAUAUCCUCCAGCUGCAGGUGCAACCCUCCGCUUACAGCCAGGAGUUAGUGGUCAAGAUCCCCCUGGACAUGGUAGCCGGCUUCAACACGCCGCUGGUCAAGACCAUGGUGGAGAUGCACAUGGAGUCAGAGGUUGAGGCCACCAUCCGAGUGGAGACCAGGGACAGGGUCUACACCAGCCUUGUCCUCAGCGACUGCUCCAAUAGCCGCGGGAGCCUGCGCAUCAGCCUGCUGCGCAAACUCUCUUUCCUGGUCAACUCCUUAGCAGAAAAGGUUACGAACCUUCUGAUGCCAGCUCUGCCCAAAUUGGUUAAAAGCCAGCUGUGUCCUGUGAUCAAGGAAGCCUUUGAGGACAUGUGUGCCCAUCUGCUGGGCCUGGUGAAGGCACCUGUUUCCCUUGAGUCUGACCACUUAGAGUUUGACGUUCUGUCUCCUGCCAUCAAUGGUAACCGUGUCCAGCUCAACCUGCAGGCCAAGUUGUUGGACUCUCAGGGGAAAGUGACCAAACAGUUCAAUGAGUCUGCGCUUUCACUGACAAUGCCUACCUUGGACAACACCCCUUUCAGCCUCACUGUGAGGCAAGAUGUGGUGAAUGCUGCAGUAGCUGCCAUAUUUCCUCCAGAAAAACUCAUGGUCCUGUUAGACUAUGUGCUUCCUGAGUUGGCUCGCCGGCUGAAGUCAGACAUCAAGGUGAUCAGUGUAAAGGCUGCGAAUCAGCUGGAGCACACACAGAUCGUGAAGGUCUUAACUCAGGCAGCCCCAGAGCUCUUUCUGGACCAGGGCAGGGCCAAGGUGGCCCAACUGAUCGUGCUGGAAGUGUUCCCCACCAACGAAGCCCACCGCCCACUCUUCACCCUGGGCAUCGAAGCCAGCUCAGAAGCUCAGUUUUUCAUGGAAGGUGAUCAACUGAUGCUCAACUUGAAUGAUAUCAGCUCUGAUCGGAUCCACCUGAUGAACUCUGGCAUUGGCCUGUUCAACCCUGAACUUCUGAAAGACAUCAUCACUGAGAUCCUCGUCUCUGUCCUGCUGCCAAAUGAGAAUGGCAAAUUAAGAGCUGGGAUCCAGGUGUCAAUGGCGAAAGCCUUGGAAUUUGAGGCAGCAUCUUCCUCCCUGACCAAGGAUGCCCUUGUGAUCACCUCGGCCUAGUUGUAGAGCCCCGGACUGCUGUCCUCUCCCAGUGAGGAAUGGAGGCGACCGUCCAGGACAGGCUGGCUCCUAGUGAGAUGUGUGAAUCAGC